AUGAUCGGUUUAAAUAGCAUGGAUUCACUACAACUCUUAAACUGGCUUAUUUGCAAUUUCUUUCUUACUUGUUUGCUUUAUUGCUUGCUUUCAUUCUUGUUUGCUUUCUUUCUUCCUCGCUUUCUUUCUUCUUUGCUUUCUUUAUUGCUAUCUUUCUUCUUUGCUUUCUUUCUUGCUUUCUUUCUUCAUUGUUUUCUUUCUUUCUUUCUUUCGUUCUUUCUUCAUUGCUUUCUUUCUUGCUUGCUUGCUAGCUUUCUUUCCGUCUUUCUUUCUGUCGGUUUUUCUUUCUUUCUUUCUUCAUUGCUUUCUUUCUUUCUUUCUUUUUUCAUUGCUUUCUUUUCGUCUUUCUUUCUGUCUUCAGCCUUUCUUUUUCUUUCUUUCUUUCUUUCUUUUUUGCUUGCUUGCUUGCGUUCGUUUUUCAUUCUUUCUUGCAUUCUUUCUUUAUUUUUUGCUUUAUUUCUUUCUAUCUUUCUUUAUUUAUUUAUUUCUUUCUUUCUGUCUUUCUUACUUUCACUCUUUUUCUCACUCUGUCUAUCUAUUACCUUCUUUAGCAGAUAUUCACUCCACUAUAAUGGUUUCUUUAUCCUCUUAUUUGAUUGA